GAUGAUUAAAUUUGUUGCCAGAAAAAUCGAGAGAUCUUCUUCUUUAAAAAGAGAUGAACAAAAAAUUGAAGAGGAAUUAUAAUUUGAAUAUCCUGUUACUAUUCAAAAGCCAUUAACUAUAUCUGAUUAAGAAUACAAUGAUGAUUAUUAAUUAUUGAAAUAAAAUCCUCCAGGAGUGAGUUUAAAAUUAAACAUUGGUACACCUAAAAUUGAAACACCAUCAAAGUUACCAUAUGUGUUAGAUGAUAGUCUAUAAAGGUAAUCAUAAUUUUAUAUAUUUUAAGAUAAAAAGGAAGAAUGAAAUUCUAUGAUGAUACAAAGAAAUAUGGAUUUUUAGUACUUGAUGAAGAUGGAACAGAUGUAUUUGUACAUUAUGAUGAUCUUUAAGCAGCAGGAAUUACAUUAGAAAAAAUGAAGCUAUAUAAAAUUGUUCAUUAGUAUUCAUUAUUCUUAAGAUUAGGAAUAAUCCUUAAUAUGUGAAAUUUACAAAAAAUGGAGGUCCUUACUUUGAAUUUACUUUAAUGAAUUAUAUGGGAAAAUAUAAUAAGAGUAGAAAAGCCAUAGAUCUAUAAUUAUUGAAUUAAACUUGA